AUGCACUCGACCAUCGUGUUUGCUCUUACAUUUGUUGCGGCGUUGGCGGCUGCCGCCUCGCCCCCUGCCGCUCCUGAAACGCCAGUGUCCAAGCCGAACGAAUCGCCAGCGAUGGUUUCGAAGGAUGACAAGGAAUUUUUGCUGGGAUUGCACCGACCCAUCUACCUCCCCUUCGUCGCCAUUCCCGUCCUGCCAAUCGUGCCUUGGCGGUGGUGGGGCGUCCACUGCUUCGUCGUUGGGAAGGAGCUGCGAAAGGCGACGCCAAGCCCCACAAAGAAUGGGCGGCUGCUGCUGUCGGACCUCGUGGGGGCGCUGUUGCGGUGGCUGGUCGCCCUCGUCGUCGCUGGGAAGCCCAAGAACUGA